CAUUAGGGUACAAUUUUGUCAACCUAUGCGAUUUAUAAUAAAGUUUGGAGACCUGCAUGGUGCUGCCUUCUGUUACCUGUUUUAAAUUUUCCUUAACCACCAUGACCCUGGAAUUCGACUCCCGAUAGUAACAAAUCUUUACUAUGAACAACCUACAACAGCUUCAAAUCUUUAUCAUCAUCGCAUUCACGGACUGUUUUUCAGAAUCAUUAACAAAAGGGAGACUUCCGGGGCAUGGCACGCUUCGUACAUCCAACGUAGACGAUCAGUUUGGAAAAUGGAACAAAGUAGCCGGUGUUCCCUAUUGCCUGGACGCGAAUUACACUGCUGCGGAAGUGGAUGUCAUAAACAAAGCCAUCAGCAUCAUGAAAAAGGCCAUGUACUGCAUAAAGUGGACACCUGUUAACUGCUCGGACUCAAAGUUUAAGGUCCGAUUCACACCGCUAAAAGGUGGACCCGGAAGCGAUCCCCAGACGGUAUCUUUCAGCUAUCCGGGAUUGAAUGUGAAACCAUAUCAAAACAACGCACCCGAGCAGAUCAUGUCGAUAGCACGAGAUUCGCUUAACUGCUCUAUGCAACCGCGAUGUGUAUUAAAAAUGUUAGCCAUUCUACUUGGACUACGCAACGAACAUCAGCGUGGGGAUCGUGACAAAUAUAUCGAACUACUAAAUGAUAAUUUGCUAAUACCGGCCGCGUACCGGCUGUAUGUAUCACAGGAGGCAUACUGGGAAAACUUCCCUUAUGAUUUCUGCAGUAUUACGCAUAAUCAACCUGGUGAUUACGCAAAUCCAGGGACACUGGCCUUUAGAAUUCGUCCGAACACGCUGCCGGGAUGCAUACCGCCACUGGAAACCAUUAGCAAUACGGACUGCAGAAUCCUUAGCACAUUGUACAACUGCGAUCCCUACAUGUGCGCUACGUUAAACUGCAGCGCCCAGGUCUGCCCAGCCACGACUAUCCCUCCUCCUACUGUCAGCACCGCUUCCACUUAUGUUACUACGGCUGUAACGACAACAACCGCAACACCGACGACAACAGAAUUACCAGAUGUGCUGUGCUCCGUUGACUUCUGUGCAGAUCCACCACCGAUACUUGACGAAGCCUCAAUUCUUUAUAACGACAAAUACUUCUUGUUUUCAGGGAAUUGUGCAGUUGAGAUUGAUGGAACAAACAAGAUUAUUGGAAAAUCUAUAAGAAUCGAGAUGGUUUUGCCGAAUGUUAUCGGACCAGUUGCAGCUGUGUGGACAGAUCAGUACACUCACAUUACCAAUGUCCUGACAAAGGCAGGAACUCAAUACGCUUGCUCCGGCAAUGGCUGUAUUCGUGCAACCGUAAAAAAAGAUAACGACGAUUUGGAAUUUGAAUGGGCGGAUUCACCACAAGGACCUUACACAUCCUACCGAUAUAACAGAGAAUCGCGGCAAUAUGUCAACGUCAUGACCCAAAUGCCAACUCCUCAGUUUUUUAUUAACUGUCCUGAUGUGUGCUCUAUCACAGGUGCUUGGACUGCGGCGUAUCUGGUAAAAGGAAACGGUACAAACUUUGUGAAUAUUAUUGGCAUGGAUUCCAAUUCCGCACAAGUCUUGCUCAUUCUUAAAAAAUCUGAAAAUGCUAACGAUGCUUUUGAUGCUUCAAAUAAUGGCAUCUUGUUAUCUCAAGCAUUACAAUGUUCGUCAAAAGCGUCGGGUUUGUAACGAUUCAUCAAUUUCUAAAUGUCUUAAGCCAUCGUGUAAAUUUGCGCUGGGAAUAAAUUUGCAUGUUC